ACUCACCACGAAAUUCGACCGUUACAUCUGAAUUAUAUUGAAAAAACCCCUAGCACCCUCUUCCUCCUAUAACUUCACAAAACUUUCUUUUCCCUCACACUGUUACACUCUCAAAUUCAGAAUCCCUCUCUUCCUCUCUCUUCAAUGGCUGAUACAGAACAGAACAACACAGUAAGAAGAAACGCGUCCAUAAUGGAGUGGAAGCAAAUGCACCCACUCCACCAAAUCGCAGAGACACCAACGCACAAACUCCUACUAAAGCAAUGGCUGAAAGAAGAAGAACUCAUCCAUGGCCGAAUCGCACUGAAAGAAACCCAAAUCGACUCGGUUCGCAAAGAAAUCACAAUGCUCCACAUCUUCUUCUUCCUCUUCCACUCCCUGACCCUCAUGCUCCUCUUCACAUCCUCUUCCUCUGUGUCUUUCUCAGAAUCUGAAUCUUCUUCGUCCGCGUGCCAGCGCUGGUGGAUCCCUUCGCUGUGCUCCUUCGUGUUCUCAUUGGGCCUGGUUUGGGCCGUGAGGUACAAGAGCGACGUGGAGAGUCACAUGGAGAAGGCGCUUCAGAGAGAGAAAGAAGACAAGAUUCUUUUGGGGAAGUGCGUGGAAGAGCUGAAGAAGAAGGGUCUGGAAUUCGAUCUGUUGAAAGAAGUUGAUGCUCUCAGAAGAGCAAAGAGUUUGAGGGUUGUUGAAGGGAAACAUCAAGAGAUUCGGAAAUGGUCUUCCAGAGAUUUCGUCUCCUUUUUCUUGUUUUCUAUGGCUUGUUUGGUUCUUGCAGUUACCAAAGUUAUCUUGUGCGGUUAAUUAAAGCUCGGAAGAACAACCGUGGUUUGUUUUGAACUGCGAUUGCUAACAGUGUUUACAAUUGGGAAAUGUGUGCAGAAUUUACUGGUUCUGCAUUUUAUUUUUUGGUGUAUUUUGAAAAGUAUCAAGUUAAGUUGAUGGAAUAAAUUUACCUUUUGAUUUGUUGUUCUAUGUUCUGAUUUAUAUUUGGACUUUGAUCUUAUAUGAUCAAAGAAGAAAAUUAGCUUUUGUAAGAUAAAACAAAGCAAUCUGGUGU